CACUGUUCAUCGACUUUGUUUUAUCCUUUCUGUAUUUUCAUGAUUACCCUGAAUUACCUUCUGAACAUGCAGGAUCGCAUGCUUUGAAUUCCUGUUAAUGCAAAUUUGUGUAUAAAAGAUCUAUCGGAAGUAUGAAGGGUGGAUAAUGCAACAAUUUUGUAAGGUGAAUGAAAACCAAUUAAAAGAAAAUAAUGAAGCGAAACGGAAAGAAACUAUUUCAGGACAAAGAGCCAGAAUCUGGAAAAGAAAUCAUGCAUCGACCAAUCUUCCACCACGACUUAAAGACAAACAGCAGAGUUGUACAUUGCUCUUGCAGAUGGGUAUUUCAAUGGCAUUGCAGGUGGGGUUUUCCUUGCCAACGAAGAAGUGCAAACAAAAGACAUAACAGUAUCGCCAAUUUUCCUAAAACAGGACCGCUGGAUUAUAAAAAGAGAAAGAACGGAAAACAGAAAACCAAUAAGAUAGAAACACCAGAAAGAAAAGUAAUAAACACUGAGGAUAAAGUAACAGAAACUUUGGAAAUCGAGCGCAAGGAUAAAGCAACAGAAACGGAUGUGGUUGGUCAAACAAAGAACAAAAAGACAAAUACUAAUUGGAAAGUAAAUUUAAAAGACAAAUCUACAUCUUGUCAGUCCUUGGAAAAAGUGGAUCAGUCAACACAGUAUGAUGAUACACAUGUUAAUAGGCUGUUGCCCAGCCCACCAGUAGACCCUGCCAGAUCGGAUGAGAGACCAAGGAAAAGUGGAGAUCAAACAUCUGGGACAGAGAGCGAACAUUCUGAGGAAGAAGACGACGCCAAAGAAGACGGCGACAAUAGGGAAAGUCUAACUGGAGAAAGAUUACCAAAGCCUUUUCAUAGAAUAAACAUUUUCGGGAAAACGUUGAAGGAAAAUGUAGAAAAAGUUCCAGAAUUGCUUAAGCGCGGUUUGCGUGUCAUAAAAGGACCAAAUUAUGAUCAUGAGAAAUUGACAGCUGUUCCCGGGGACUACAUUGGAACGGUCAUCUGUGUAGAUUUUGAGGAAGAUUUACCGGAAGUUUGGGAGUACACGAAAGAACAAAUAACAAAAAUUGCUGUGUUUAGGAGAGGGAAAUCCGGGAAUGCUUUUGGGAAAGAGUAUGUAGAUAGAUUCAACAAACCUCAUUUGGUCACCAAUCAACUUAACACUUAUGUGGAAGUACAGUGGGACAAUGGACAAAGAGAGUUAUGUGCUAUUGGACCAUUGAAAUUUGAGCUGCUCGUAUACAAUACAAAUGAAAUUCAUGACAACUUCAUGUGCAAUGGAUGCAAUGAAGAGCCUAUAAUUGGUACACGAUGGACAUGCGUCACUUGUAAAUUUAGAAACCUUUGUACGUCAUGCUAUAUGGCCAAUAAAUAUAACAGAAACCAUGUCUUCCAGCGAAUAAUGAUGAAAGGUGGAAAAGGACCGGAAAUGCCUAGUCGAUCCAGCAGCACAGAUAUUGGUAAAAGACAUGAAGCAUACGGCGUAACCACAGGAAGUAGAGUAUCGUUUGUUAAUGAAAACAUGCAAGGAAAGGUUUUGGGGCCAUUGAAAGAGGCUGUCCACAGAUAUACAAUAAACGGAGUGAUUUAUCCAUUGCGAAACUUGGCUCCAAAUACAAGAGUAUCAGUAAUACAAGGAAUCAAAGUGAAGGAGCCUUGUCUUCCCCAUCUUAAUUCAGCUGCAGAACUGUAG